AUGUCUUCCCAACAGCAACAGCAGUGCCUACCCCAGAAGGCUCAGCAGCAGCAAGUGAAGCAGCCCUGCCAACCACCCCCUGUCAAAUGUCAAGAGACGUGUACACCCAAAACCAAGGAUCCAUGUGCUCCUCAGGCCAAGAAGCAAUGCCCACCCAAGGGCACAACCAUUCCAGCCCAGCAGAAGUGUUCUGCAGCCCAGCAGGCCCCUAAGAGUAAACUGAAGUAA